ACUGGUUCGUGGGGAUGGUGAGCGAGCAAGUCAAACGUCAUUCAUUUCUCGUGUGAGACAACCGUAUCCAAGCGAUUUUGUGUGUUCGUGAAAUUGUAUUUCUGGAGUUUUCUUAUUUAUAUUUACUGAUUAUAUUCGUGUGGAUUUUUAAGAACAGGUUGCAAAAAUGGUGAAGGAAACCACAUUUUAUGACAUUCUUGGUGUGAAGCCCACCUGCACAACAGAUGAAUUGAAGAAAGCAUACAGAAAGCUUGCUCUAAAGUACCACCCUGACAAAAACCCAAAUGAAGGCGAAAGGUUCAAGCAGAUUUCACAGGCCUAUGAAGUCCUCUCUAACCCAGAUAAAAGAAGAAUUUAUGACCAAGGUGGUGAACAGGCGCUUAAAGAGGGUGGUGCAGGCUCCAGCGGCUUCUCGUCUCCUAUGGAUCUGUUCGACAUGUUCUUCGGUGGAGGAUUUAGUGGGGGGCGACGUCGUGGGCGUGAGCGGAAGGGCAAGGAUGUGAUUCACCAGCUGUCUGUCACUCUUGAAGAACUCUACCGUGGUGCAGUACGGAAGCUUGCUCUUCAGAAGAAUGUCAUUUGUGAGAAAUGUGAAGGCAGAGGUGGCAAGAAAGGUGCAGUGCAGACGUGUCCCACAUGCCGUGGCACAGGCAUGCAGGUGCAGAUUCAACAGCUGGCUCCGGGUAUGAUCCAGCAGAUCCAGACUGUCUGCAGUGAGUGCAGAGGACAACGUGAGAUCAUUGACCCCAAGGACCGGUGCAAAGUUUGCCAGGGCCGUAAGACUGUACGUGACCGUAAGAUACUAGAAGUGCAUGUAGACAAGGGCAUGACUGAUGGCCAGAAGAUUGUGUUCAGCGGCGAGGGUGAUCAGGAGCCGGAGAUGGAACCUGGCGAUCUAAUUAUUGUACUAGACGAGAAGGAGCAUGACGUGUUCAAACGUUCGCGCAAUGAUCUCAUCAUACGACUGAACAUUGAGUUGGUAGAGGCACUUUGUGGCUUCCAGAAAGUGAUCAGAACCCUAGAUGACAGAGACAUUGUGAUAACUGUUUUACCUGGAGAGGUCACCAAGCAUGGUGACGUCAAGUGUGUACUCAAUGAAGGUAUGCCAAUGUAUAAGAAUCCAUUUGAAAAAGGUCAACUCAUCAUACAGUUCCUAGUUAAUUUCCCAAGUCACAUUCCACCUGAAGUCAUUCCCGCAUUGGAGAACUGCUUGCCGCCUCGGCCGAGGAUCGAGAUACCCGAAUUGGCUGAAGAGUGUCACCUGGUGGACUUAGAUCCCGAGCAAGAGGCGCGGAGACGGCGGGCGCACCAAGGAAACGCGUAUGAGGAAGACGACGACCACCCCAGCAUGAACCGCGUGCAGUGCGCAACUAGCUAAGGCAGCACUCUUCCGUUACACGGGCACAAUCCAAACUCCAAUUCUCUGGUUGAAAUAAUAACACAAGACAUCAUUUGCGAUUGAAUCUAUGGGAUAUGUCGUCUUUUAUUUUCAAACUGCUUAUUUAUUCACUUAUUCAUUCUUGCAGAUUUAUACACCUACUCAAUAAAAAACCCAAAGUACGCGAAAUAGUCUCUCAGUAUGGACUAGUGUGAUAUAUAUGACUCUGUGUAUACAUCUGCAUGUUUGCUAUAUUCUUGCUAAUGUUUGCUAUAUUCUUGUGCAAAAUUGUUAUUAUUUCAAUCAGUUGUAAAUUUGCAGUAUUUGGUUGGUGAUUAAACUAAUUAUGUAACUGCUAGUUUAGCCUUUCUUUUCUUUUGAAAUAUCUAUUAGUGAAUUUAUGCAUCCUAUUUGACUAGGUUCUUGUUUUGAGAGCUUAAAAACUUACUGUCGAAAAUUGUGUCUAAAAAUAUUCCAUUUAAUUCUUAUGUACUAAAAGGCAUGUAGCAGGUUUUAGGUAGGAUUACACCUAAGUCCAUUGGUUGAUAGGAUAAUGUCUUGUAGUUCAUUGUAACUUAUAAUAAUUAAUAUUAUCUUUUCAUUUAGAUAAUUUAAACUUUCAUAUAAUUUGCAAAACACUCCAAACCGGACAAUGUAGCAAAAGGAGAAUUUGAAUGUAAGAUUUCUUAAUUUUUAGUUGAUCUGACAUUGUAACCGAAAUAUAAUUGUGAUGAUAUGCAUUUUAGAUGAUUUUUUGUUUCUCACCAUUGAUAUAUUGGGAUGAUACAUAAGCUUUAAUGUACUCCAUAGUUUUCAGAUUAACUAUUAAAUAUAUUACCAGCAAUAAACUGUUUUGUCUUACAAUA